GCGGCCCAAACAACCCCGACCUGACUGCCUACACUGGUCGCGCAGCGUGCUGGCCGGGCGAGGGGACCACGCGCACGCUAGCAGUCCCUCGGAGCACAGCCCUGACGUUAUCGUUAUCAGUUACGUGAUCACGCCGAAGGCCGUAGGCGCGGUGCUGAAACAGGCGGGAACUUCUGGCGACGGCGGCGGCGGAGACGGAGACGAGUGAGGCUGUGACGACGCAAAUUGGUGGCUACGAGAAUAUCCGUCCGGUUCAAGACUACCCGACGCCGCUGAGAUGAGCUACAACCCGUACGGCGGCCAGGGCGGGUACCCGCCGUACCCGGCGGGUGGCCAGACGGGCUACCCGGGAGGACCGCCCGCCUACGGAGCUCCCGGUCAGCAAGCGCCCGGGUACCCGUACCCCGGUGCGCAGCCGGGGCAGGGCGGGCCUGCGGGACCGCCGGGAGGAUAUGGCUACCCGACACAGCCGGGCGGGUAUCCAGCCCCGGGUGGUGGGUAUCCCGGCCAAGGAGGUGGAUAUCCCGGCCAAGGAGGCGGAUAUCCAGGCCAAGGAGGCGGAUAUCCUGGUCAAGGAGGAGGAUAUCCCGGCCAAGGAGGUGGAUAUCCUGGGCAAGGAGGUCAAGGACAGGGAGGUGGCUAUCCAGGCCAAGGAGGGGGAUACCCCGGACAAGGAGGUCAAGGACAGGGAGGUGGCUAUCCAGGCCAAGGAGGUGGAUACCCCGGACAAGGUGGUCAAGGACAAGGAGGUGGCUAUCCAGGCCAAGGAGGUGGAUACCCUGGUCAAGGAGGAGGAUAUCCAGGGCAAGGGGGACAAGGACAAGGAGGCGGCUAUCCAGGCCAAGGAGGUGGAUAUCCUGGCCAAGGAGGAGGAUAUCCAGGUCAAGGAGGUGGAUAUCCUGGCCAAGGGGGAGGAUAUCCUGGUCAAGUAGGUGCUUAUCCUGGCCAAGUCGCAGGAAACCCGAAUCCGCUACCUGGAUCCCAAGGACAUGGGAUCAGUCGUGGAUCUGGGCCAUACCAGCCAGGAAAUCGCACCUAUAUGGAAAAGUCGCAGGGCACCAUCCGGGCGGCUCCGGGCUUCAACGCCGCCGAGGACGCGGCGGCCCUGCGCAAGGCCAUGAAGGGCUUCGGUACGAACGAGCAGGCCAUCAUCGACGUUCUGUGUCGCAGGAGCAACGCCCAGCGCCAGCAGAUCGCCGUCCAGUACAAGUCUGGUUACGGCAAGGAUCUGACCAAGGACCUGGGGAAGGAGCUGGGCGGCAACUUCGAAGAUGUGAUCCUGUCGCUGAUGACGCCGCCCUUCGAAUACCUGGCGAAGGAGCUGCACGAGGCCAUGUCAGGCGCGGGCACCGACGAGGACACGCUCUUCGAGACGCUCUGCACGCACACCAACGCGGAGCUGAACGGCAUCAAGGCCGCCUACGAGCACAGCAUGGAGGCGAGAGCCACAGGGAUGAGUCCCCCCACGCUGACCCGGCAAAGGCGGCCCCAGGCGCAGGCGCUCUACAAGGCUGGCGAGAAGAAGAGGGGGACGGACGAGGAGACGUUCACGGUGAUCGUGGCGACGCAGAGCGCCGCCCAGCUGCACGCCAUCAUGGCCGAGUACGAGAAGCUCUCCAAGAAGAGCCUGCUCGACGCCAUCAGCUCAGAGACGAGCGGGGACUACCGCCAGGCGCUGCUGGCUGUCGUUAAGAGCUCGCUGAACCGGCCGGCCUACUUCGCCGAGCGGAUCCGGGACACGAUGAAGGGCAUGGGCACGCGGGACGGCGACCUCAUCCGGCUGAUCGUGUCCCGGGCCGAGUACGACCUGGCCAACAUCAAGCAGGAGUACCUCAGACGCUACGGCCACGCCAUGGAGAAGGACGUGUCGUCGGAGACGUCUGGCGACUACAAAAAGGCGCUGGUGAUGAUCAUCGAGGGAAACUAGCUCCAAAAUCGCGAGCCGGAGAGCAAGCCGAGGCCCGCUUCCAAAACGAUGCGCGUCGCACCUCAAAUCCUUCUUCCAGCUGUGGUGUCGUGAAAUUUCAAAUGUGUCUUGUUUGAUGCUCAGAGGUCGUGCCUGGAGGAAAAAACUUCUGCAACCACCUUAAGGAGAGAGGUGCUUGGCUCGCCUCCUUCAGCCAGUCAUGACACUCUUCUAAGCAUGAUGGGCAUGGACCACGACCGUUUCUGCGGAUGUUACAGUACAACACCAAAAGCCAAAACACCCGUACACCGAUAGCUGUAGCUUCGCGCUUGCCUUCCGCUGUGACGGAUAACUCGUGUUCAGCUCUGUAUGCGUUUGUGGUGGCUGGCUACUGUCACAGUCUGCCACAGUGCGACGCGUCAUAGGGGCUGCCGCCGUCGUCUGGCGCCUCUUGUUUACUUUGGCUGUAGUAGCGUCGGCGUCAUGUAAUCAGCAAAUGUUUUUUUCGAAACUUUAUCACUAUACAGGAACAAAUAAGGU